UCGAUCAUCAAGGGGCCCAAUAUUAGCAUGACUGAAACGUAUUAACGGACCAGAGAAAAAAAGACAGAAACGACUCGUCAAAAGCUCAUUCGAAUACGACAGCUGAUCCAUGAAAAAACCCUGCCCACUCUGUGCAUAUAUUACUCCGUGCGUGAGGUAUGUUUAUUCAUUCAGUCCAGGUACAGCGGAAGCCGUUUUACGUCCAGAGCGUUCCGCUGCUUCUGUCUGUGUGCUCCCUUCGCUAAGGAUUAUCAGAUUGGUUCGUUCCAAGCAGCAUUAGUGCUAGCGCUGCCGCAGCUGCAGUUAUAUCAAAGCUUCUACCUCUGCAAAGUCAGAUCGACGGGAAACUCUGGAUUAAACGGUCUCAGAUAUCUGUACCAGAUACUGUUACACGCAUUUUUUGCCGGAUACGUUUUUUAACAGACUGCUGAGCCAAAAACAACAAGCUAUCAUCAAGGGUAAGUUACCGUGUCGAACAUAACCUUGGACAAAGAAACCCGCGGUAACGUUAAAUGGAGAUGUGAUUAUCUGUUUGCGAAAAAGGAGACCUGAGGACAGGAUCAUUUGUGAUUAUCGUUCAACGCGGCGAAGUGCAUGGGAAAAAAUCGCUGGAAGAAACGAGUAGGAUCACAGAAUCCGCAGCCAUAGCCGCACGACUGCAGUCAACAACAUCACCGACCUGUCAAAAUUGCUGCAACGAAGAUCAGAGAAUUGCACCGAAUUGAUUUUUAGAAUUGUUUGCGUAACGUAGCGAUUGCAUAACCUAACGCAUUUGACGGAAUUCUUGUCAGUCAGAUUUAUCGUGUAGGCUACCUUAAUUUUCAAUAAUGGCUUUUGUGUUCUUGUUUUGAGCUUCGUUUGAAACGAUGCACUGAGUUCGGAGGGCUUCAUGCGAUCGUCCAGUGGUUGUCCUCAAAGGCUGCAGUAGGCAAGGCAUUUAUUCGUUUUCGUUAAAGCCGACACCGAUUCAGCGGUUUAGCGAUCACAGCUCGAACGUCAAGCGGAAUAAUGGCUACUCUUCUACGGAAAAUAGGUCUCAUUCGGCUUCACGACCGAGACACGGAGGAUCCGAAGCAUCACCAGGGCUCGCUCAAAGGGACGAAAGGGAAUCAGAAAAAUAACAACACGAAGCACUGCAACACGAGCAACAACGAGAGCAACAUCCUCAGCACCCCCGAAAUAAAAACCAAGAAAUCGGAGCAAUCUAGUAAGGACAAGCCGCCCGUUAAGGAUAAACAGGGCAAGGACAUCAAGGAAAAACAGCAAGUGGGAGGUGGCAAGGCGACCAGUACCUCGUUACCACUGGCGCCGCACAGACAGCACUGCACCCAGGUCCGGACGAGGAGAUUGAUGAAGGAAUUGCAAGAGAUCCGGAGGCUGGGUGACAACUUUAUAACCGUCGAACUGGCCGACGAUAACCUCUUUGACUGGAAUGUCAAGUUGCACCAGGUGGACAAAGACUCUGCUCUCUGGCAGGAUAUGAAAGAAACCAACACCGAGUAUAUCUUGCUGAAUGUGUCAUUCCCCGACAAUUUCCCCUUCUCUCCACCUUUCAUGCGGGUCCUCAGCCCCAGGUUGGAGAACGGCUACGUACUCGACGGAGGAGCUAUUUGCAUGGAGUUGUUGACACCCCGCGGAUGGUCCAGCGCAUACACCGUGGAGGCAGUGAUGAGACAGUUCGCAGCGAGUCUCGUAAAAGGACAGGGCCGAAUCUGCAGAAAAGCGGGGAAGUCCAAGAAGGCCUUCAGCCGCAAGGAGGCGGAGGCCACCUUCAAGAGCCUGGUGAAGACCCACGAGAAGUACGGCUGGGUGUCUCCUCCCGUGUCCGACGGCUGAAGAGGCGGUCCGCCCCUGCCCCGUCCCAUCAAACUUUAAAAAUAAUUAAAAAAAAAACAACGAAAAAAAACAAAAGCUACCAUCCUGUCCUCGACGCUGCACAUCUCCCAUCAUUGUAUUUCUUUAAGUACUCUCAUCUCGGUGCCUGCGGAGCACACGGUGACAUUUUAAGUUAUUCAUGAGCAGAUGUGUUUACAGCUAAAUAUCGCCUUUAGUGGAUCGUGUUUCAAAAACUGGAUCGGGCCCUGCAGAAGUGAUAACCCUGCUGAUGUCGAGAUGUCGCCCCUGCUGUCCACACUACCCCCCCACCCCCCCACCCCUAUCCCUCCCACCACCACCUCCUUCCACCUGACCCACUUCAUCAUGUAUGUGCUUGCCUUCCUCCUCCUCCUCCUCCUCUUGUUCUCUCGCUCUGUUCCGACGACGCACUGCCCUGAACGGCAUCAGAGUUUCCAUCCACUGCUGCGCCUCUCAUUUCCAUGCAAAUGAAUCUGUUAAUAUUUAAUAGACAGGCAGUCCAUUCGAGGCUCACUUUUUUGCUGUGCUGUUUUUCACAGUUCAAUGCAACUUGAAGAUUGUAAUUUAUGUGGAGCUGUGCUCUCUUUUUCUCUGUCUUUUUCUGUCUCUCUCUCUCUCUCUGUCUCUCUCUCCCUCUUUCUCUCUCUCUCAUGGCUAAAUUUAGACAUCACUGUGUUAUAUAGAUGGUCAUUGAUUUCCAUUGGGGGAAAACAUGUUGCUUAUGCUGAGGUACUGUAAUAAUUAAAAAAAAAAAAAAAAAAAAAAAGACAAAAAAUGG